UUAGCGCCGCCCGCAGCAGCCCGGCGGCGGAGCAGCGCGCUGCAGGGAGCUGAGGACGCAGGGGGGCAGCCGCAGGCGGAGCGCUGGACUCAGUCUGGGGACCCCCGCCGCCGGCCCCAGGGCAGCGCGUCACGCUCGGGCGGUUCAGCCACCGCCUCCAGCGCUUCCCUCCGCCCCGCACCCCGCCGUGUGUUUCGUGCGUUGAGGCGCCCUCCCGCUCUCUUUCUCCCUCCUCCUCUCGGCUGGCUGCGCGGCGGGCCGGGGCCGCUGGGGGCGCCCGCCCGCCCGCCAAGGGAGCCUCGCCCGGCGGCCGCGCGGCUAGCGGCUCGGCAGCAGGGCCGGGCUUUGCAGCCCUGGCUGGGGCUCAGCGCGGCGCUGCCCCCUCCCCUCGGACAGCGGAGGCGGGUUGGUUUGAAAGGGAGGCGGUGGCUGCCAUGUAAGCGGGUCGGGCGGGCGGCAGUAGGAGGCGCCGUUGGGAGCCGGGUGGGCAGCACCGUGGGCAGGGGGCGGGCGUGCCCGUCCCAGCAGCCAUGAGCGCGGCAGGCGGGCGGCGGCCGGCCGGGGCGAGGCGCUGAGGGCCCGCCCGGCGGCUCCCCGGCCCCCGCCCAUGGCCUUCAUGAUGAUGGUGAAGAAGAAGAAGUUCAAGUUCCGCGUGGAGCUGGAGCUGGACGAGCUCUCCUCCGUGCCCUUCGUCAACGGCAUCCUCUUCUGCAAGGUGCGGCUGCUGGACGGCGGCAGCUUCAGCGGGGAGUCCUCCCGGGAGGUAGUGCAGGCAAACUCUGUUCACUGGAAGAAGAAGUUCUUAUUUAUGUGUAAAAUGAGUGCCAGUGCCACUACAGGCAUUCUGGAUCCUUGCACCUGCAGAGUAUCUGUACGGAAGGAGUUAAAAGGUGGAAAGGCAUUCGCAAAGCUGGGCUUUGCAGACCUAAACCUUGCAGAGUUUGCUGGAUCGGGAAAUACCACUCGUCGCUGUUUAUUGGAAGGUUAUGAUACCAAAAAUACCAGACAAGAUAAUUCCAUUCUCAAAGUAAUUCAUGGUUUUUUUUUUUUUUCCAUCAUACUAUUUGAGGUAUUGAUCAGCAUGCAGCUAAUGUCCGGAGACCCAUGUUUUAAAACGCCUCCUUCCACAGGAAUGUCCAUUGCAGUUGCUGGAGAAUCAGAAUCUUUACAUGAAGACAGGAAAGGUGGAGAGAACUUGAAAGUGGUACAUCUGGGUGUAUCAGAUCUCUCAGCAAAGAGUGCGUCACUCCCAGAUGAACUUGGUGCAUGUGGACAUUCCAGAACAUCAAGCUAUGCAAGCCAGCAAUCAAAAUUGUCAGGCUAUAGCACAUGCCACUCCAGAUCAUCCAGUUUUUCUGAUCUCUGCCAUAGGAGAAACACUUCAGUGGGAAGUACGUCUACAGGAAUUGGAAGUAUUCUAGAGCCAUGUGAAGAGACUGAACCAAAAGUAACUGAUGAUAAUUUUGAUACUCCUGUUAAACAGAUAUCUUCAGAAAAACUUGGCAGGGUAGGUUCCGGAGCAUACGAGCAAGUGGUGAUUAAACGCUAGGACAGCAGGACUUGAACAGAAGAAUAGUGGUAGAGUUCCUCCAUCGAUAAUUAAGAUGUGUUCAUUUAAUCCCAACAGUUAUCAAAAUUGAUGUGAUGAGAAAGACUCUUUCAAGAGGCCAACUCACAUUUGGUCUGAAUUGUCUGAGUAUCUCCUGCUCAUAAAAGAUCCUUUACGUCUACAGUGGUAUAAAGGCAAUUUUUAGUAUCUAUGCCUUGUACAAGUUUAUAACCAUUGUUGUGACUGUUACCUGAUGUUAGUGGAUUACUUGCUUUUGUAAUUUAAGUGUAAAACAGCUUGUGGAAAACUGAUAAAUGGUGUCUAUUUGAACAUAGUUUUAUAUGGAAGUUCAUUAGUGAUAAUGAUGUGCUCUGUUUGCAACUUGGCUUUCAGAAGAAGCCCCUUAGAAAAAGAUUAGUCUUAAAUUAAUCUAGUCCAAAACUUAAAUUCUACCAUUAGAAAUAAUUCUUCAUAAGUAACUUUUAAAAUAUUACUUGCCAUUUCAGUGCUAUAAUGGCUAAUUCCUUCCAUCAGGCCAUAAUUAAUAUAAAAUGGGGAUUAAUGCUUCCAAGAAAACAGCUGAGUUGUGCUUUAAGAUGUCAUAUUAUCUGCUUCAGUAAUAUUAAACUUGUAAAUGCAUUGAGCAUAAUUAACUGUAAGGUUGAGUAGCAGAUGGUAGAGACAAAUAUAUAAAAGCAAAAUACAAGUGACUAGGUCUAAUAACACCAAACAAUAUGUGCUGCUACUUGUAAAUAAAAUCUGGUGUCUUAAGUGCAUCAGUAUGACUUCUGGCCCUAUGUAAACAACAAUAUAUAUUUAAAAUUUCACAUCAGAAUUACCAAGUCACAGUAAAGCACUCAACAAGCAGGUCUUGUAUGCCUUAGGAUAGUAUGAUUUUAUGGUUUGGGGUAUAAAACUUUUUAAAUCUCUGUAAGUGAGAUUUGUCUGUCUAAACAAAAAGUAAAGCUUCUUCCAAAUGUGAUUUCAAUAACGCAUGAACCUGAAAGCUCAGUGGAUGACAGUGUAUGGUGAAAAGUAGUCAGCAGCUUAACACCACAAUGAACACAUUUUUCUAGCUUAACUCUUCACAGUUGGAUAGUACAUCCCUUAAAUCUGAAGGUGCCUUGUUCCUGUGGGUGGGAGAUGGGGAGGGAAGGAUAGAUUACCAAAUGAAGCUUUUAAGAAUAAAUGAACAUCUAGACUAACUACUGCCAAUAUAAUUUACUAACAGAAGCACUUUAUAGUAUACAUGCACUCUGCAGUCUGAAAAAUCAAUCUCUGGGCAAAGACCUCACCUUUUUUGUGUAGAAUCACUAACAGCUUCACUAUCUGUCCAUUGUUACACUUUGACCAAAAUGUACUGUACUUUAACUUGCACAAAUGGAAUAGCUUGGGCUAAAAUGUAUUAGUUUUAGACAAAAGGUGAGAAUUAAAGAUCUUUUAACAAAAGAAUUGUUUUGCUGACAGCUGUAGAAGUACUUGCUUAUUUUUUUAAAAAAGAUUUCUGGUGGGAUGACAAUCUUAACAGUUGAGGUUUAGAUGUAUUUUAGUACUAAAUUGCAGUAGAAAACCUAGUUUUGCUGAAAAUUAGCCAUAUAGUUUACAGAUAUGAUCUGAUAGGUUUGAAUGAAUCAAAACAAUAUUGCGGCCAUUUUUUUCUUUAACAGUCUGAAGGUUUCACAUUCUUCUCUGAACCGAUUGGUAUUUAGGAUCCUUCUCUGGAAGUAAAAUUCGAAGUCUUAGUUCUUAGGCUGUAUUACGAAAACUUUGUUUUAUAUGGUUUUUAAUUGGUUUUACUUUUUCAUAAGUAUAUAGUAUAAACUGUUCAUUAUUGAACUCAAUGUUUUAUUUAUAUUAGCUUCAAGGAAACCUUAAAGUUCAAAUUUUGUUGAAUACUGUUAGAUAAGAGCUAUUUCUUAAUUAUGGUAUUUAAAAGGAAUAUUUUUCUAUUUCCCAGUGCUUGUGUAAUUUUUUUAAUUUGGACUGUUCUAAUGGGUAAAAUGUAUUAAGUACAAUUUGUGCUUAAUAACUGCAGUUAAAGAGUGAGACUGUGGGGGAGAUGACAAAAUGCUUACAAGAAAUGUAAAAAUGAUCCUUUCAUAAAAAAAAGUUGCCAUUAGUGUGUUUACAUCGUACAGAUAAAACAUGCCAGUUUCUGUUUUCCAAAUUUUUGAAUAGAAAGUAUUUGAUAAGGUUACUGGGUUUAAGUUAAAGCUGAGAAACCAUAGCAAUGAAGUAUGAAGGGUAUUUUUAUGAAAUAGACAAAACUUUUUGCAGUACGAAAUUGUUUAUGGAGAGUGAUGAUGGUGCCUAAUACUAGCUUUUAUAGCUCAUUAUAAGGGGCACACGACUUCAGAAGGGGCCCCAUUUUUUCCCUGAAAUUUAAGGAUGUUGGUUUUGUACAUACUGAUUUAAACUGACUUUUACUCCUAUAAAACUAUCCAUAAUUUGCUUGUUGCCACAAACCAGUAACUCUAAUUUGUAAAUGCUUCUAGUUUACAUUUACAAUCUCUAACUGCAAGCUGCCUAAUAUCACAUCUUGCUAUUUCAUCCUCUUUAGCAUACUGUGCUUUUUUAAAAAAAGUUAAAUCAAUGAAUCCAGUUCUUCAGCUAAUGUUAUUCAAUAGACAUUUACCAGACUUUAUUAAAAACGUACAACUGUAAAAGACCACUUUUUAAGUGCAAAAAGCAGAACUUGAAGUGUCCUUAAAGAAUUUGAGGAAUAGAAGCUGGCUGCUACUGAUUCUUUUCUUCAAAUAUAUGGAUUACAUUUUUAAUAAUAUAAAAUAUAUAUUUACAAUUCACAAUUUAUAAGGGCAGAAGCUAACCCCAUAAUGUUGAGAUUUAGAGGAAAGCAAAUUUGUGGUUCCAAAGAGCAGGUUGGUUUCAGAUAAUUUAUUUAAAAUACUCAGGACAGACAUUUCUAGUUAAUCUAGUCACCAAAAAUGCCCCUCAUAUCCCUCUGGCCUUCCUAAUGUUAUUUCAAUAGAACUGCUUCGUUCAGCAACAAGUGCCAUCCUCUGUUAGUUCAGAGGAAUCUUGGACAUUUGGAAUUUUCCAUAAAACCUAGAAAAUUGUUGCAAAAUGUAGUUUUGAUUGCAUUGACACCAAGGGGUCCAGCAUCAGUUACUACAUAUUGGUUUGUUGAUUCAUUGCCUGGGAUCUAAAAUAACAUUCAGCAUCAUUAAUCCUUUAAUGUACAAAAGGCACAGGUUUUAGUUACAACAUUUCAAGUAUUUAAGCCCUUGGUAUCCUCUGGUUUCCAUACCUAAUUUUGACAAGUAUUCAUGCAAAGUCCAUUAAGUGAGAAAUAAGCUAUUUGUACUCUGUUUCAGUGUGAAGAUAUUAAGCUGUAAUUACCUCUCCCUUCGUGUUGCAAAUUUUUGCAUUUUUAUGUAACUCAUUACUAUUGUAGCAAGCUGUGUAACUGAAAGCCAAACUGCAUAUAUAACUUGCAAAUGUGGUUUUAUUUACUCCCAAGUUGGACUUUGGUGCAUGUCUUGACAAACUUGUCAAAAACAAGAAAGUAGUUAGAUGGUGACAGGCUGAAAUUAUUAUUUUUUUUACUUGUGGAAAAAUGGGUAAUUAAAGGCUGCCUUGUAAAAAAUGCAUUGUACGAACACUUAUGUAGUAUCUUAUCUGGUAAAUUCAGCUUUUAAUUCUGUUUUCAAGUACACAGAUAACUAAAGCCUAUGCAGUAGGCAGUUUGUCCUCCGGACACAUAAGAUCUUGUAGGGGGAGAAACGUUGGUAUGUAAGUCAAAAUUUGAAUAAAUCUCUAUUGUAUUUUGUUGGUUUAUUGUUCACUUAACAACAAAACUCUCCAUGAAGUGAUUCCUUAAGUAUGUCCCUUGUACUUGGAGAAUGACCUUCAUAUUUAGGUACAGUACUUAUUGUGUAAACUGUACUAUAGUGAAAUCUAGGGAGACUGACAUAGUAAAAUCUGUUUUUCUAAUAAAAUGUAAAAUUUGUAAUGUAAAAAUGGCCUCAUGUAGACAAUUAAAAAUCAUGUCUUCA